GGGAUGCGGGGGGCAGACAAACACCCCAAAUGUUCCUGGGAAAACGGGCAAGAGGCGAGGGCGACCCCCAAAGCGGAAAAAACUACUGGAAGAAAAUUUGCUGAGGGAGAAGGCAGAAGAGAAUUUGCUAAUCCGCGAGACUCAGAUAAGAAAUGGGUCCCAAGGGCCUGGCCGUGGGACAUGGUGGCUGCUGUGUCAGACGGAAGAGGAGUGGAGGCAGGUCACAGAGAGCUUCAGAGAGAGGACUUCCCUUAGAGAGCGGCAGCUCUACAAACUCUUGAGUGAAGACUUCCUGCCGGAGAUCUGCAACAUGAUUGCACAGAAGGAGAAGCGUCUGCAGCGGACAGAGUUUUCUCCCAGGUGGAUGUCUGACCAUCAGCCCAUCAAACCAAUCAAGCAGGAGGUAAACCCGAACGUGCUGAAUUCAAUGGAGAAGCAGAGGCGCAGGGAGGAAGAGGAGGAGCGCCAAAUCCUUAUAGCAGUACAGAAGAGGGAGCAGGAGCAGCUGCUGAAGGAGGAGAGGAAGAGAGAAAUGGAGGAAAAAGUCAAAGCAGUGGAAGAACGGGCCAGGAGGAGGAAGCUUCGUGAAGAGCGGGCCUGGCUGCUGGCGCAGGGAAAGGAGCUCCCGCCUGAGCUUUCUCACUUGGAUCCUAGUUCCCCUACCAGGGAAGAGCGAAGGACCAAGGAUCUCUUUGAACUGGAUGAUGAGUUCACAGCCAUGUACAAAGUUCUAGAUGUGGUAAAGGCUCACAAGGACUCUUGGCCCUUCUUGGAGCCCGUCGAUGAAUCCUAUGCUCCCAACUACUACCAGAUCAUUAAGGCCCCCAUGGACAUCUCUAGCAUGGAGAAGAAGUUGAAUGGAGGUCAGUACUGCACCAAGGAAGAAUUUGUGGGCGAUAUGAAGACCAUGUUCAGGAACUGUCUUAAGUACAAUGGUGAAGGCAGUGAAUAUACCAAGAUGGCUUACAAUUUAGAGAGGUGUUUCCACCGAGCAAUGAUGAAGCACUUCCCUGGGGAAGAUGGAGACACAGAUGAGGAGUUUUGGAUCAGAGAAGAUGGGAGACGAGAGAAGAGAAGCCGGCGGACUGGCCGCUCCAGCACAGGCAGUGUUUGGACUCGGUCGCGAGACCCAGAUGGACCAGGCAAGAGGCAGCAACGCCUGGAAAAUGGAGGAAAACCUCCACCAUAUCGAGCUACUUCUAGGGCUCCUGCUUCUUCUUCCUCUUCCUCCUCCUUCUCCUCAUCCUCUGCAGAGGAUCCAAGUGGCAACCCAAUGCAACCUCCUCGAGAAGUGGGCCCUUCCAAUGGGCGAGGUUUCCCUCGCUCUCUGCAGUACGGCGGCAUGCCCAGCCCUGUGCCACAUCCUGGCCAGAUGAGACCAGCCGUGCCAGGAACGUUUGGCCCCCUGCGCGGAUCGGAUCCCACAAAACUCUACGGCUCGCCACGAGUGCCUGAGCCCCAUCCUGGAGACCCGGUCCAGCAGCACCAGCACUUUGCCAUGCAGCCGGCUGUGGGACUGAGCGAGCACCGCGGGCACAGGCUGGCUGCCCCAGAGAAGCAGGCCUGCGGCGGACCAACCCACGUCGCCGGCCUUGGCCCCCGA